AGUAGUGAAGAUACAACCAUGAGGGGCGUCACAUGUGUGGUGGUGCUGUUGGCGGAGAUCAUGGUGGCUCUUGCUGACCAGAACCCCUACCACCCCCCGACCUACCACCAACCAUCACCCUCCUACCUCCACCAACCUUCCUACCACCCGACAUCCUACCACCCUCACCCCACCCACAACCACCAAGAGCCCGAAGUCCCCGUCUGCGCCUCUGCCACCAACGCCACCUGGUGCCUCGAAGACGAUAAUUACCCUGAAUACGAGAUCAAGCAAGCAGUCGACUACCACUACCAGAAGGUCCUUGAUCUCUAUACUGACGUGGCUGACCUCGACACGAAACUCUCCGUAGAACGACCGGACACCCUUCAGGAGGAGACUUACCUCUGUCCUUCAGAAACUUCCUACGUUAAGCCCCUUCGGGCGCAGAACAGCAUUGGAAAAUGGCGGAUCAUCGUCAACGAUAUUGAAGUGCAUUACGAAACUCUAACACAAACUACCCGAAUAGAGCAGUGUUUAACAUCGGGAAAUUAUUGUCCCAAAGUACCCGUGUGUUACGAGUCCAAGUGUCUGCAGAAGUCCAUCUACCACCGCUUCCUCGUCUACGACCCCUAUGAUCAGUACUUCCCCUUCGCCAUCGAAACCUUCAAGCUGCCCGCUAGCUGUGCCUGUCUGCUGGGUGCCUACACCAUCGACCACUAAGGCCAACCCAUCCUCACUGUCUCAACAAACAACAGAAACUAAGAAUUAAGCCCAAAAAUGGCACUGUGAAUAAUAGUCUUGCAGACUGUGAAGUCUAGGAGCACGAGGGUGGUUCCCUGUGGCGCUAGAAGCCACUCUACUUGGCUGGCCUCAACAAGGCGGUACGUGAAGAAAGCAGUUCUCUAGUCAUCUCGCUGUGAUCACUUUUUAUCUAUUUUCUCUUACGACUCUAUAGCAAACAAUGUGAAUGUUAAUACUGUAUUUUAUAUUUAAGUAUCAAUGAAAAGUUAAAAAGU